AUGGAGACAGGAGUUCCCCUUCCAUACGAUCUUUCUGCUCACAAUAUUGGGGGUCUGUCGAGCCGGCGUCUAAUGGUUUCAAACAUGGACCAUGCUCUUCCUUUCUAUUCCAGUUCCCCAGUCACAUAUGCGUCUCCGUGUCAUUCGCCCUAUGGAUACGGACACAACAUCCUUAACACCCUUCCAGGACAUUACCAACAGCUGUUUGGGCCCAGAUCACAGCCUCCUCACCCACAUUCGCCCCCGAAUAUCCGUCAUGGAAGGAACAUUCUCCCGGGGGAAUCCAGGGGAUCAUCCUUCAGACCCGACCAGGUCCCCGACCUUCGACUGGAUACUCUUGCUUUUGGACCUACAUCGAAUGAGGGAAAGCAAAGUAAGGCCACUGAGCCGGCGUUUUCGACAGAGGUCGAUAUGCUGAUGAAAGCGAUACAAUCCAAGUCCGUUCCAGCCGGAUCUCAUCAGCCCUCUCACCAACUGCCAUCGUUUCAAGAGCUAUCUCACGCUGGAAAUGCCACUUACACGCCGCCGUAUUCGAACCAACAGCUGGAAGGCCCAGUUACUUCGAAACCGACUAAUCAGAAGUCAAAACGCAAGUAUGAAUGCACCUUGCCCCAUUGCAAAAAGAGCUUCUCGCAGAAGACUCAUCUUGAUAUACAUAUGCGAGCUCAUACUGGCGACAAACCAUUUGUAUGCAAGGAACCGUCUUGCGGCCAACGCUUCUCGCAGCUAGGAAAUCUCAAGACCCAUGAAAGACGACACACCGGCGAAAAGCCCUACUCCUGCGAUAUCUGCCAGAAGCGAUUCGCUCAACGGGGUAAUGUGCGUGCUCAUAAAAUCACACACGAACAGGCGAAGCCCUUCACCUGCCGCCUGGAUGAUUGCGGAAAGCAGUUUACACAGCUUGGAAACCUCAAGUCGCACCAGAACAAGUUCCAUGCAGCGACAAUACGGAACCUCACGAUAAAAUUCUCCUCCAUGAGUGAAGGGGACCCGAUGACUCCCAAGGAUCGAGAGCUCUGGGAACACUUCGCGGAGCUCUACAAGAACAGCAACAAAGGUAUCAAAGGCAGAGGCAAGGAUCGUCGGAUCUCUUCUUCCUCCGGUACCAAAUCAAGUUCACCGGUGGAUGGGGAACACAGGCUCAGGAGGGCAAGUAUCAGUCACGACGACAGCAGCAUACAUCACCAUAGGUUCGAGCUAUCCUCGCAUGAAGGAUUCAGUAGCGACGACGAUGUGCAAAUACGAUCCGGUAUGGCCUGA